AGCAACAUUUCUUUGACGAGUUCAAGCCGCUUUUACAUCACCCAUCCUUCAAUCCCUCCCCGCAUUUCCCGCUUCAUCUUUGUGUGCUUCGCCUACGAACAAAAGCACUUUGACCGUAGGCUCGUUAUCACUCGCUUCUGGUGUUAUCGAGGCUCUAGAGACCUGUUUCCACUUCACGACAGACUAUGGACCUGGGCUCUUCUGCUCUGAGCAACGGAGCUGGAGGCCCGGACACUUCGCUUAGGACCACGUCAAGUUCAGGCUCAGCAGGCUUCGUUCGUGUGCGACGUCGCGCGGCGACGCACAAGGUCUUUCAAGGCGACUAUCUGCAACUCGCCGACGAGAACCAUGCGAUCCUCAAGAUGCUGCGGAAACAAGGCGACCAGAGCGUCAUCUUCGCGGACACGGUGGCCAAGGUGAACCGGCACAACAAGAUCGUGCCGCGCCUGCUGGUGGUCACCGAGAAGGCGGUGUACGUCAUCGAGCGAGACACCUUCCGGCUCAAGCGGCGCAUCCCAUUGGACAUCAUCGAGUCGCUGUACCUGUCCGAGCUGGCGGAUAACUUCCUGGCGCUGAUGGUGCCCAAGGAGUUCGACUGCCUGCUUGUGAGCACACGCAAGACGGAGAUUGUGACUGUAUUGGUGGAUGCGACUAAAACGACUGGGAGGGAGCUGAAAGUGUGUUUCAGCAACAAGUUUGAGUACACCAUUGACCCUGAUACAACACGGCAAGUGGAGUUCUCACAAGUACCAGGUGGUGUGAGCACCCGCAUCACGAAUGCUAUCUAGGUGCUCUCUAGGUUUGCGAUUCUUAGAUAACCCCACUUGUAAAGCCAAUAAAGGCACACCCAUUGUGCCCUGUAUGGGCUAUGGGUUAUGGUUCCUCAACACUUCUGCUCAGCGUCGUGUUGUGUUGCGUGUGUGGCAGUACGUGUGAGAUUUGCUUUAGUACUACCAUACGUCGUUUUUAUGGGCUGUCUUCAGACCGAAUGGUCCCUAUGUCGUGACGUGUGUUGGAAAUAUCUCAAAGGACUU